AUGGUGGACGCUGUCUCCUCCCUUGAAAUCUGUUUAGACUCGCCAAGAAAACGUGACAAGAAGAAUGUAAGCGACAUUUUCGAGAUCAUUCGGACCUUGUUCAAUCUCGUUGUGGAUGAAAAACCCCCUCCAGAUAAGACUAGUUCCUGUGGUGGCAUCAUUUGCGAUUCUUUUCCACUUGGGCCACUGGCCUCCAAACUCAUAGACUCCAAAUUCUUGGCAAAACUCGUCUCAUGGGGUUCUACAGAAGAAUUCUAUCCAAUUAGUCUAAAGUACUUCGUUCUCCAAAACUUGCUAUGCAAUUUUGACCUUCUAAUCAGCCAGGCGAAACAAAAUCUCCUCUUCUCUAUUGCCAUCUUCCAACCCCUUUUAAAGCUUAUUGAUUUGUGUCGUGAGUUUCCUGAGUAUGUGUCAGAAAAUUUGAGUCGCCUACUUUAUACCUUAUCUGUGCUCUUAUGCAGAGAUCCCGUUCUCUUGGAAUUCUCCAAGCAGGUGUCGCACGAUGUAGCGCGUAACGAAUACUUUAUUUUCUCCCAACUCGUUCCACUGCUUCAUUUGCAAGGAAUUCCAGGAAAUAACGCGCGAGACGCCCUUCUUCUCAUUCUUGCUCUUUCGGAUCGUGACGCCGAGGUAGCAAAUUACCUCACGUCAACGUCAGAUAUCUGUCCCGUAAGCCCAUUACAUACAUUCGCAGUCGUUUGCAUACUUAUUUUAACGCAUGAUUUCCUCCCUGGUUCGUCUCUCGAUGGUCAACUGCUUGCUUUUAAGAAUUUCUGUCUGGAUUAUCAACUAGUCCUGGCAACUGGCUUGAGUGGGUACUACUCCUGUCUUCCCAAGCGUAUCGUGCCCGAUGGUAUCGAUGGCUACUCGGCAAGUGGGCAGGUCCGACAAUCCCCCGAAACCCUUCACGUGCGAAGUGCUGGUUGGCAUCGAAUCUCUCGGUCUGAGUGGUCCACCUGUGAACCUCUCGUUCGCUUUCUCCAAACUCUUGAUUUCUGCAAUUUAGCCGUUCGCAUUUCUCAUCAAUCUGUUCGCCAAUACCUAUUAUACUAUAUCUACUCCGGCUUCCUAAUGUCUGUUCUGAGGUCUGCGCUGAAUCAGAAAGCGAUAGAUGAAGUGAUUGCCGCGGAGGCCUAUUUGGAAUUGUUUCUUUGCCGAUUGACAGAACCCGCUCUGAUUGGUCUUUUUCUGCGAUUUAUCGUCGCCUCAACCGCUGAAAAUGGAUCCGUCCUCUCUUCUCUCAUCACCCGUCUAGCCGCCGAUUCAGCACUUGAGAUGGUCACUCUCUCUCUCUUCCGGACAAUUCUUAAUCUCAACUGCGAGGAUAUCAUGUUUUUGUUGGUGUUCCAGUACCUCAAAAAGUUAGACAUUGGGCGCGAGUGUCCUGUUGAUGGGAAAAGGCGAGAUGCCUUCCAUUUCUCGAAUUCGGAUAAUUUAUUGUGGUUGACCUCAUCGGAGCGCUUUUUGAAAUUAUCCUUUUGGUGUACAAGUUUAAAUGACUCAAAGGGCUCAUCCAGUCUAAAUGAAUCUGGUACAAUCAAGUGUGUUCCGUCAAAUCGAUUCGCGGCAUACCUUCUCAUCUCCCAUCAGCUCAUCGAUUCACGGACACGUAGCACAGGCGUGUGGUCGGCUGAGUACCAAUCACCGGUCCCCUCUCUCGUCCCUACCACCUCUAGCACUGAUCCCCCCGCUGUACGCUUUCACAGCACCCCAUUGCACACCCUCAUGGCCUCAAGUCUGCGCAUAGAAUCGGACUCGCGACUGCAGGAGCUCUCCCUCAUCGAUCGGUAUAAGUCGGAAUCUAAUAUCUACCAAUUGAGCUAUUGCGAUGACUCCGAUGAGGAGUUGGAGCGGGAAAAUAAAAAAUCAGUAAUACUGCGUUCUCCUAUUGAUUUGAAACAGGUGGAAUCACCUGUGGACUUGGAGUCUAAUGAACAAGAGAAAUCCUCCCUUGAUGUCAUUCGCCAAUUCGUUGCCGAUAUUGAUGGCACAUCGACAUGUGACGCUGUCACCCUGUUUACUAGGUUGUUGGAGGAUGGGUUUCCUGUGGAAAGUGAUGACGACAUUGGGGCUACUAUUCCCUAUCCCUCGGUCGGUCAAUUCACCUUUGAUUUCCUUGAUUAUUAUCUCGGGAAACACGCCAUUCCCGUUGUUAUCGUUCCACAACCUUCGCCUAAGUACGAAUCAUUAGCUCCAGUCAGUAAUCUGGAAGCUGAUUAUGAUUUCGAGAGCCUGUAUGGUAAUGAGCUCCCUGAACUGCCAUAUCGACCCACCUUCGAGGAGUGUUCAUCGUGUCACCAUUCGUCGUGUGGGCUUGGCCCCUUCCUCAACUGUGUGCUUAGUCUAAUAGGGAGCAUGCAUAAGAAUAGUCUCUACUUAAAUCUGAUCCUAACAGAUGUUGUCCUGAUUCUCGCAAGUUUUCACCAAUUCCCACUGGCUGACAUUCUAUUGAAGUGCGCAGAUGUUAGUCUAGGUAAACUAACACAGACACUUUACGAGGUCCUUGUCGAUCUAAGGCGAGAGAUAGAACAGCAUUUGGCCAAGAUACCCAACUGGUGCGCCUUAGUUGAACAGGCCAUGUGCUUUCUGCAUGGUCGGAGUCAACGAAAUCCGGAAGCGACUCUACCCUCUGCGAUCGUUGUUGCUACCAGGCCUUACUGCGCCACUGAUGACGACCUCCUUGCGGCGACCACAUUAUUACCAUCCGGGGUUUCCACUUCAGAGCGCAGUCGAAGCUCAUCAGUUCGCCCGCAAACGGAUCAUCCAUCCGCACCUACUCGGCUGCCUCUCCCUUCUCAUCGAUCGGCCAGCGCAACGCCUCGAACCGCAGUUCUCGAGCCUGUAGUACUUCCAUUCUGGGGAGGCACUGAGCCCCUGUCCCAACGCCAGCGUCUGCGUCGCUCCUCCAUCGAUCGGCUCUCCCAUCUCUUCAUUCUUGACUCGCCGACGCCUCCUUGUUCAGUUUCACACACUUCGGACUCACUGCCUUUCGCAUACUCGCAGUUUUCAUCUGUGGACAUACGUAAUGUCAUUUUCGCCUACAUUGUCUUCAACGAAUUCUGUCUCGAGUUGGCGGGUCUCUGCUGCGAACACAGCGUGUCAACGGCAAGUGUACAGCCCCAGUUUGAGAAAACUAUGGAACUGGAGCGCUGUCUAGCGGAGUUCUAG